AUGGGGGAGAACUACACAACCAUCAAAAUCGAGCAGAAAUCCCCCAGUUCUCGAGUUUUCCACCUGUUCAUCAAUCGACCAUGGCGUGGUAACGCUCUCUCACAUGAAUUCUUCGCUGAAUUCCCCGCCGCUCUGUCUGCGCUCGACCAGAACCCGGAAGUCGGCGUCAUCGUUCUUGCCGGCACCGGCAAUCACUUCUGCGCCGGAAUCGAUAUCCAAACACUGAGCUUCACCUCACAGGACACUGAAUCAGGGGACAGAGGACGCGCCGGCGAGAAGCUCCGGCGGGAGAUUAAAUUCCUGCAACAAGCGGUGACGGCGAUUGAGGAGUGCAGGAAGCCGGUGAUUGCUUCCGUUCAUGGGGCGUGCGUUGGAGGAGGUGUUGAUUUAAUAACGGCAUGCGACCUGAGGUAUUCGACCGAGGAUGCAAUGUUCUGUGUGAAAGAGGUGGACUUGGCGAUCGCGGCGGAUCUCGGGUCGCUCCAGAGGCUUCCAGCUAUUGUCGGAUUUGGUAACGCCAUGGAGCUGGCUUUGACUGGUCGGAACUUCUCGGGCACGGAGGCGAAAGAGCUCGGACUGGUGACCAGGAUCUUUAGCGAUAGGGAAACUUUGGAGAAAGGGGUUGCACAAAUCGCCUAUGGUAUAGGUGCAAAGUCUCCUCUUGCUGUAAUUGGGACGAAGCGUGUACUGAUACAGAGCAGAGACCUUACGGUGGAUCAAGGUUUGGAUUAUGUUGCUACGUGGAACUCUGGAGUACUUGUAUCAGAUGAUUUAAAGGAAGCAAUAUCUGCUCACCUGCACAAGCGAAAACCUCGUUAUGCUAAGCUUUAA